AUGACCACACCCUCUUCGUCUACGACUGGUCUGGGCGAAUGUAACGACGUGCAAUGGCAGUACCACGGUCGACCAGCCAAAAGGCGCAAAGGGACCUCAAUCGCAGGCAGGUCCCGACCCUCGCCUCGAGAGAUUGGCAUUAUGAGAGAGACAAAACAGGACGAUUCCGCCACAUUUCUAGGAAGUUCUAGUGGAAUUCACUUUAUCCGGACCGUUUACAAUGCAUUUGCAAGGCGUUCAGCGGUCUUACAGAAAGCGCGAGUCAGGAACCAGAGCUUGGUGCCUGGCGAAGACGAUCAGUUACAAAGAAGUCCCGGAAAGUCGCACGGGCUUGAUGAACUUUGUUUCAAAGACGAGUUGUCUCUUCAAAGCCCUGAGUUUGUGUCAUUUGAGAGGCUCGUGAGUUGGUCGCGGAGCUACUUUGAACACUGGCACCCUAUCUUUCCCUUCCUGCAUGCGCCGACCGUGUUGAAAGUCAUGGAAAAGGUCAGCGAGAAAGGAAUCGAGACUUUGAAUCGUGUCGAUCUAGCUAUUUUACGCUCCAUAUUCUCUAUGUCCGUGGUUGAUAACCGCCAGGUGCAGGACUCUGGUACCGCGGCGGAUCCGAUCCCUUCGGUUCUGGUGUAUCAAACCGUGCAAGAGGCGAUGGAAAGCAUCCACGCUUUGCUUCUGGAGCCAUCGACACUGCCGUUGCUACAGGCAGUAUUCAGCGUCCAGCUAGUACUGACAUCUGUGUUACGUCUCAAUACAGCUUCCAGAGUCGGAGGAUUGAUCACUCGAACGGCGUUCCAUCUGGGUCUUCAUCGCUGUCCCGCACGCUUCUCGUGCUUCGGUCAUGAGGAUGCAGAGAUUCGCCGUCGUCUUUUCUGGUCGAUUUACUGUCUAGAAAGAUAUUUGUCCCAAGCUCUCGGCACACCCCCCAGUAUGCAGGAUGACGACAUCGAUGUCUGCUAUCCAGGGAGUGAAAGGCACGGAGAGAUAGGAAUGAUGCCACAAGCAAAGGACUCCCGCAGCCAUUUGCGAUUGCUUACCCAUCUUGCCAAGUUUGCACGGCUCAGGGGUCUUAUACUGGAACUUCGCAACAAAUCCAUACUGCACAGUCAUGACAAUACGGUCGAGGCCAUUUAUGUCAACGGUGAACUUGCGCAAUGGUGGAACGAGGUCUAUGACGACGUUUAUCCCAUGGAGGAGCAGCUGGAACAUCCGUCCCUGCACGAAACAUCUUUGCAACCUUACCACCGCUUACUGCUUGUGGUCCUAAGGCACGAGUCGAUCAUAUCAAUGAAUCGACCAUUACUGGCCGCUGAACAACUCUCGCCGGAAUACAAAUCAGCCCUACACACCUGUAUUGAAUCUUCACGGUCCUUGGUUUCAGCUUUGGGGAAGUACCUACUCGCUGAUAAUAGUAGCCAAAACGGCGAAGAUGCAGCAGACGGUAGAAAACACCAAGCGCCAUUGACUUGGCCAUCGUUUACCUGGGCCACCUGGAUGGCCUGUCUUAUCCUGAUGUACGCAGCAUCAGAGGGCGAGUUUUCAAGUAUUAGCGCCCUGAAAUAUGCUAAACUCGGCAUCUUGAUAUUGGAACAUCUCUCCUUGCGGAAGAGUAGCUGGCCGGAGACCUGUAUCGAAGCGAUCAAAGGCAUGGAGUCGGCCUUGAGAAUCAACCUAGCAUCUGAUUCUGGCCAAAAAUCUCCGGUACCCAGCUCGUUUCCCAGAAGCACACCACGGAUAACGCGGUCAGCUCCCAGCGAGGCUCACAUACACAUAGGGCCGAAUGGUAGAACAGAUGCAUUCUCAGAGCAGGAUGAGGGCAUGUCGCAAGCAGAUCCCCUGUCUUCGCCCUUCACGCCGAGAAUGAGUACCUCGAACAUCCCCGAGAGAACACCAUUCGGGCUAUCCCCCACAGCACAUGAGCAACAGCCAAUGUCGAACCAGGCCCAUCAGCCGUCGGAUUACAGUCUGCACAAUGACCAAUCCAGCCUCGGGAUAGAGGCUGGCAGUAUGAAUGACUUGAACUCAGCUGGUUUGAUUUUCGGAGACACGAUGGGCUCACACUUGUCCUAUGCGAUCGCUGCAGGCCAGGAACUCGCUCCUUUUGCAAAUGCCGACCCGUGUGCUAUAAACAAUCUAUGGAGUGUUGCGGAUGGCCCUUGGAUGAUUCACGGAAACUUUUCAUGA